AUGCUGAGCCCGCCCGACCUUGUGGCCGGCGCCGCCGCCCGCGGGCCCGACGGCGCCGUGCCCAUCACGAUCCAGCCACAGACCAAGGAGAUGCUCGACCUGCGGCUGCCCUCCCGCGCGAUCCAAAUCCAUCGCGACACUACGUCCCCGUCGCGCUUCCAGGCCUUUGCCCACUCGUGCCCCGCAGGCCGGCCGCUGCACGACAACCCGCCGCGUGGCGUGCGCCAUGUGCCCUUGACGCCACAGAUUGGGUCGCUCCCGGACCCGUCAUUUGCUUUUCUGCAAGCGCCCAUGCCACCGCUCGAGCUGCCGCCGCCGAACCGCGAGUCGCUUUCGGACGAGCGGUUUGCCUCCCCGUUGACGGCGCCGGCGCCACUGCAGCCGCGCCCGCGCGAGACAGUUGUGCAGUUUGCAUCGUCGUGCCCGGCGCAGCUCGACGGCUUCUUGACGCGCAUGACGCUCGACGACAAUCACACGCUCUUGUCGCAGUCGCCGUCGCUGGCCAUUCUCCGCGACAUGCGCCGCGGGUCGUACGCGGACAUGUCGGCCAGCCGCCGCUCGUUCGACCGCCCCUUGAUCGACGAGCGCGACGAGUACGACAGCGACGACGACGAGUACACCGACGAGGCGCACCCGCGCGACUCGCAGGACGGCGGCAUCUUUGAGUUUGAAAUGCCAUAG